AUGCCUGGCAUCAGUCUCGCCGAGACGAUCGGCAAUCUCAGCGGCAACGAUGAAUGGGGCCCAGAAGUCACAACGUCGACCAUGCUCGACGGCGUGCCAUACGCGGCAUACAGCAAGGGCGACAAGCUAGGCCGCAUGGCUGACUGGACACAAGAGGGCAAGGAAGGACGAGAUCGAGGCGGCAGACAAUUUGGUCGAUUCAGAGACCAACAAGUCUAUGGCGCCGGCACAUCCUCAGUAUUCGCCAUCCAGGUCGCAGAGGACGAGUCAUCCUUCUCUGUCGUCGAUAAUUCCCGAAACACCGCAAAGACCCGUGGCUUCAGCCGAGGCGGCCCUCUCACAUUCCGUGGCCGCGGUCAACGUGGUCAAAAUCAACGCGGAGGCGCCCGUGGCGGCUUCCAGCGCAGCAAUCAAGGCCGUGGAGGUCAAGGACAGAACCAGUAUUACGACAACCGCGGUGGCCGUGGUGGCGGCCGAGGGGGCAGGAGAUUUGGUUGGAGAGACUACGACAAGCCGCAGCGCAACCGCGAUGCCUCCGUCAACAUACGCUCCGACUGGCAAAUGCGAGAAGAGAUCGACUUCUCUCGUCUCAACAAACUAAACCUCGAGACAUCAGAAGGCGAAGACCGCAAACUCCAGGAAACCCUCGACGGCACCGCCUACAACGUCACCACCUCCUCCGACCCAGUCAUCCAAGACCUCGCCGACAAAGACGAAGCCACCAUCUUCGCCACCGCCGACAUCCUCUCCAUGCUCAUGUGCGCCACCCGCUCCGUCUACUCCUGGGACAUCGUCAUCCUCAAGCACAACAACAAGAUCUUCCUCGACAAGCGCGUCAACUCCUCAAUCGACCUCGUCACCGUUAACGAAAACGCCGCCGACGCGCCCCUCGAAGCCGACACCCCACAAACCACUCAACAAAACCAAACGGGUGUCAAAGCCGACAGCAUCAACACCCCCUUCAACCUCGCCCAAGAAGCCCAAUCCAUCAACCACUUCUUCCCCAUGCAAACCGUCCACGCGGACCAAAACCGUAAGCUGGACUUCGACCACGCCAACCCCUUCCACCCAGACGACUCCCCUGAAGCUCUGGCCUCCAAAGCCUACAAAUACCGCCGCUUCGAUCUCAGCCUCGGCUCCGACGACGAACCCCUCCAUCUAAUCGUGCGCACCGAACUCGACGCCGUCGUCAAGAACAACAUCUCCGGCGAAGACCAUUUCCUCACCAUCAAAGCCCUCAACGAGUUCGACCACAAAGCUCAAGGCGCCGGCGGCGCACUCGACUGGCGCACAAAGCUCACGUCCCAACGCGGUGCGGUCGUGGCGACAGAAAUGAAGAAUAACUCGUGCAAGUUGGCGCGCUGGACGACGCAAGCUAUUCUCGCGAAGGCGGAUCAGAUGAAGUUGGGUUUCGUGAGCCGCGCGAAUCCUAAGAGCUCGCAAAGCCACGUCAUCCUGGGCGUUGUUGGAUACAAACCUCGCGAAUUUGCCUCGCAAAUGAACCUCGGACUCAAUAACGGAUGGGGAAUCGUGCGCACGAUUGUGGAUCUGGUGAUGAAGAUGAGCGAUAUGCAGGGUGAAGAUGGGCAGGCGGCGUCGAAGAGUGGUGAUAAGAAGUAUGUUCUGGUCAAGGACCCAAAUAAGAGUGUGAUCCGGUUGUACGAGGUGCCGCUGAAUACAUUUGAGGAGGAUGAUGGGGAGGGGCUGGAUAUGGGGGCGGGUGUGGCAGAGGAGGAUGAUGAGGAAUAG